UUUAUUUAUUGUCGGCGGCCUGAUAUUUCUAAUGAAAAAUUUCAAUUAAAAUGUUUGUGCUAGCGGAAAUGAAAGAUGUAAUACGGGUUACGCCCGAACACUUUCAUCAAAAUUUAUCAGAAUCUAUCACUACUUUACUUAAUAGGAAAUUAGCAAAUAAGGUUGUUUUAAAUGUAGGCUUAUGUAUAGCGCUGUUUGAUAUCACACAUAUCGGACAUUCAUACAUAUUUCCUGGAGAUGGGUCUUCACAUACUGAAGUCAAGUUUAGGUAUAUAGUAUUCAGGCCAAUGAUUGAAGAAAUACUGAUAGGCAAAAUUAGGAGCUGUGGUAGAGAAGGCGUACAUGUUACAUUAGGAUUUUUUGAUGAUGUGUUGAUACCUGUAAAUGCUCUACAGCACCCAUCCAGAUUUGAUGAGACUGAGCAAGCUUGGGUGUGGGAGUACCCUAAGGAAGACGGAGAAAAACAUGACCUUUUUAUGGAUGCAGGUGAAACCAUCAGGUUUAGGGUAACAAGUGAAGCAUUUGAAGAGAGCUUGCCAACUGGACCGCCAGGCUCAGACUGCCCUGUCCAAACAGUGGCUCCUUAUAGAAUAGUAGGUGGAAUCAAUGAACCAGGACUGGGCCUGCUGACAUGGUGGGAAGCCCCUGAAGCUGAUGAUGAUGGUGAUGAGAAUGAGGAAGAAAAUCAGGAAUAAAC